AUGUAAUAAACAAUUGAUACGAGAGAAAUAAUAAAUGUAUAUUAUGGUACUACAUCUGGGAAUUCUUCACGUUUAGCAUUCUAAUUUGCAGAUGAAGCUAUUUAACAUAAAUUUAUACCAAAAAGUAAUAAAUAUAUAUAUCCAUAAUUAGUAUUCAAUUUAAAAGAGUUCAAUUCUGACUAAUUCAUAUAAUCAAGACUGAAUAUAUUCUUUGUUUCAACAUAUGGAAUGGGUGGUCCAACAAGUGAUGCAAUAGAUUUUAAUAAUUGGUUAUAGUCUAAGGAUAGAAAAUAAAAUGAAUUACAAGGAGUUCAUUUUUCAGUAUUUGCUUUGGGAAAUACAAAACAUGAACAUUUUUGUGGUAUGGGAGUAAAGACAGAUGCAAGAUUAGAAGAACUCGGAGCAACAAGAAUAUUUAAAUUAGGAAAAGGAAAUUCUUGUGAUGAAACUACUGAUAAUGAUUAUUCAGUAUGGGUAGAAAGUGGAUUGUUUGCUACAUUAGAAUCUUUAUCUCCUUUGAUUAGUGUUCCUGCAAACUAAGUUUAAAGUUCAAUCUAUAGAAUAAAAGAAUUUGAUAAUGUUGAUGUUAUUGUUGGAGAAACAUUGUCAUUCUAAGCAUAAAAAUAUAAAGAAUCACACUCUCUUAAGAUUAUUGAAAUCAAAGAAUUACGUAAAGCUCCAAGUCUUGGAAAUUCUACACUUUAUUUAAGUUUAGAAGCUUAGAAUAUUCCUUAUAAAGCAGCUUAGAAUAUAGCAAUAUAUCCUGAAAAUAGUGAAGAAAAUAUAUAAGAAUUAUGUUCUAUGUUAAAUUUAGAUCUUAAAUUUUUCUUCUAAAUUGAAACAAAAGGAAAUCAUCCAUUUUAAACUCCUAUAAGUGUUUAUAAUUAUUUAAAGAAAUAUUGUGAUUUUUUGGGACCUAUUACUAAAAAAUAAUUAUAUACAUUAUCAUUAUUGGUUGAUGAUCCAAAAGCAAAAGAGGAAUUAAAGUUUGUUUCAUCACAUAAAGGAAGAGAAUAAUAUGAUACAGAUUAUUUAUAAACUCGAUAAUGUUUUUUCAAUUUAGUGAAAAAAUAUAAUAUUAAAAAUAUUCCAUUAGAAUAAUUAAUAGAAUUAUGUCCUUUAAUAUCAGCUAGAUAUUUUACAAUUGCAUCAAGUCCAUUAAAAUAUCCAAAUAAGAUUGAAAUAAUUGCAAGUGAAUUACUAAUAAAUAAAGAGAGAGUAAAAAAUAAUUUAUAAAUAUAUUUUAGUUGGGAUUAUGUUCUUAAUUCUUAAGAAAUGUGAAAGUUGGAUAGGAAAUAAAAUGUUAUUUAUAAGAUUCUGCAUUUUAAGUACCUUAAAAUCCUUAGGCACCUAUAUUAUUAUUAGGGAUAGGAGCAGGAUUAGCUCCAAUGAGAGCUAUUAUUUAAGAAAAAGAUGAAUAUAUUGAAUAAAAUAAAUUAGAUUAAAGUCCAUUUAAAGGUCCAAUGACAUUAUUUUUUGGUUGCAGAACUUAGAAUGAUUAUUUAUUUAAAGAGGAAUUAGAAGAAUAUGAGAAGAAUGGUACUUUAAAUUAAUUAAAAGUUGCAUUUUCUAGAGAAGGAUAAUAGGUAUAUUAAUAUAAUAUAUUUUAAUAAUAGAUAAGAAUCACAAACUUUUUAGAUGUUGAAUUUGUUAAUUAAUUUUUAGAAUCUAAUGGUGUAAUAUAUGUAUGUGGAUCUACAUAGAUGGGAAGAGAUGUUCAGAUUUCAAUAGAAAAUAUGUUUAAAUAAAUAAGAAAAGUGAUGCCUUAUUUAGCCUAUAGAAAAGUAAAUGAAUUAGAAGAAUAAAAAAUAAUUAUUAAAGAACUAUGGGGAUGAAGUUUAUUAAUAUUAUGUAUGAA